CCCUUUAACAAACUUCACCUGUCUUGGACACACCUGAAGUUCCACCACUGGAGUUUCACUUCAGAAAACUGGGAAAACAAUCGUGAAAAUUCAACACCCUGCGCUGAUAUCUGGGGACAAUGGAUAACACCCCUCUUGGACCAUCAGCAGAGCCCCAAACCUCUAAAUGGGUAUCAGAUGGAGCCAUGGUAACAAAAGACAUGAACAGCACUGAGCGGUUGGAUGAGGACAUGAGCAGGUCUGCAUAUAUGGAAUCCAGUACCCUACAGUGGCCUGAGAAUAAACCUGAACCACAGAUUCUGGCAGGCAAUGAUGGAGAGAGCACAAGCAUAAGAUCUGAUUGCACCUCACUCCGAUGUGGAUUGAGCCGGACGGAGAGUGAGAGGGAGGAGUUUGGAAUGAAUGAGAAAAGAAAGAUGGGUGAGGGAUGGAUGGAUAAAAGGAAAGGGAGGCUUUCGGAGAUUGAGUUGGAGGAGUUAAAUGUUAUGCCAGAGAAGGCUGCCAGAGUUUUUAGUCCCAGCAUCACCAUUCUGCGCUCCACCAGCCAGACAGAGUUUCCUCGGGAGAUUGGAGACGACUGGAGAGAUGGCGAAGAAGAGAAAAGCCCCUUUCUGGGGUCACACGAGACUCAUGGAACCCCGCAUGAAGACUAUGACCAUGACUGGCCCAUUGAAAACAAAUUUAGCUGCUGUUGCUGUGGUGAAACUAAUCGUGAUGCCCUUAAAUUAGGUGCAUCCAUGUUCACUUCUGCCUUGAUCUUCCCCCUGUUGGUGUGGGGUGGAUAUGUCUUCCUGCCCUUUGAUGCCCCUUUGCUUGAUAGCACCCCCUUAAGGCUGGUCUACACAUUGCGCUGCUCUGUUUUUGCAGUUAUACCCAUUGUGCUUGGUAUGUUGGUACUGGGUGUAUCCCGCCUGAGGUAUCGUUCACUGAGGCCACGAUUUGAGGGGGAGAGGGAGGUUAAGCAGGUAGCCGUCCACCAACGCUAUGUGGAGGAUUCCAUCUCUCUCUUUAUCCUUUUCUUCCUUCAGCUGGCUGUGAUGGCUGCUUACCUGAGUCAGGAUUGGCUUAAACUAGUCCCUCUUCUCACCAUCAUUUUUGCCCUUGGCAGACUGUUGUACUGGAUCGCAGCAGCCUGUGACAGCAGUGUGAGAGGUGUUGGCUUUGGAUUCUCAUUUCUGCCAAUGCUGGUUAUGCUGGUGGCCAACAUCUACUUCCUCUUCAUCUCCGAUUCUGCAGGUUCUAUCUUUGCCCCGGACAUCCCAGAUUCAGAAAUGCAUGUUCCUUCAGUCAAGCAGAGGUUCUGGGGCUAGACAGGCCACAUCUGAUGACUCUUCAACUGCCAAAUGUAGAUCCGAUUUUUUUAGGCUCUGAGCAAUCUUAAAUUUGCACUGGACUGUAAGACUUUUGUCCAAUUAGGUUUAAUCCAACUGUGAUGUAUUUUCCUUUCUGAGUAUUUCUGUGUCAUGACCAGAAGUUACAAUUGCCAGAACUCCGGUCAAACUGCCGAAGAGAUGAAUCAAGAGAUGGGGUUUAAAUAAGGGCAGGGAGGGGAGACCUCUUUUUCAGAGCAAACUUGUGAACUAAAGUUGUGUAGUGAAACAUUAAACAUUGUAAAUUAACUACAUUAAAUGUACCCUGUAGUGAGACAAUCAUGAACACACUAAGCAGAUGCAGUAAAAGCUUCUAAAUCACUCAAAAGAGAAAUUUCAGCUAUUUAAAUAUGUACUUAGAAUGUCAUCAACAAGAAAGCAAAAUUCCAAGUAUUUAUAUAUUAAUUUGAUUAUUAAGCAUUGUUUACUAAUUCAAGAAUUCUAUAGUAUUGUGUGAAUUGUAAAGAUUGUGGCCUGUCUGAGCUUUUUCAAGGCCACUCCUUCAUGGCUUGUACUUUAAGGCAAUGUGCUGUUUACAGAGUGCAAAAUGUAGACUUUAGAACUUUUAAUAGAUUUAUAAAAGGUUUGCAAAUGUAGAACUAUAUCUCCAAGAGGAGCUUGUAAACUAAAAUAUUUAUAUAAAAUGCAAAUCUAAGAGAUGAUACAAAUCUGAUUGGGCACUUGAAUAUAUAAAGCUGGAAACAAUUCCUGUUGUGUUAAAUUGUCAUAAACAUAUUUUUAAUAGCUUAACUUGAAACUGUCUUUUGUUUUAAAUCCUUAUUUCCUUAAAAUACAUUUACAAACGCAUCUUGUCACACGGGACAGACGGUGGUCUGUUCGCAUAUAAACCUGUUCAACGAGUUACCGAAUAAAUUUUUGUCGGAGGGCAAAAAGUAUUUCCUGCUGUAAUUUGACUGCAGAAAUCCAUGGAAAAUCGACGGCAGAUCUUAAAAGACUUUGAUUAUACUUUGAAAAUAUUAGUUACUUUAUAAAUCUGAGGCAGGAUGACAUCUCAAGGUAGAAGGAAACACAGAGCUUGUCUGUUUCGGUUGAGUGAGAACUGCCCUUUUCGAAAACUGAGAAGAAACAUGUGCAAUGACUCAAAGAGCUCACUUGUGCCCGCUGGAGGACAGUGGGAAACAUCUCAAACUCAGCAGGUGGCAGGAGCUUCUGUGUCAAACCGCAACAUUAACAGAGUUGUCAGCAUCGAGACGUUCUCGAGACUCCUGCCGAGCCUUCAUUCUGCUUCUCACGUACAGGAGGAAUUUUCAGCCAUGGACACAUAUAUGGAUCCUUCAACAACUGUGCAGAGUUACAUGGUGUCUGGUGCUUCAGGACCAGCCAACUUUAGCCUCAUUAACCAGCAACGCCGCCUCUCCUCCUGUGACACCAGCAUGGAUCUUGACACUGGAGUGGACCCAGAGACAGGAGAGAGAGCUCAGGUGUGACAUAAUCCAUGUGUGUAGUAAAGUAAAUCUGUAAUGUCAAUAGUUGUGAAUGCUGCAACGCACUUUGCCAUGACAAAUAAUUUGGGUAAAUUUGAAUGUUUGUGGUUUUGCCUCAGGCAAGCACUACAGACAGAGUUAAGACUUCUUACAUGUUGGAAGUGACUGGAACCAAUUUUCUGAACAGCUGCCAGCACAGUCAAUGUAGCCAAGACAGAGUGGUGCAUAAAUCCAAAUAUUAUAUAAUUUUAGCAUAAGAAAUUAAACAUUUAUCAUAAAUGGAUGUAACGAAAUGCAGAUAUUCAAAUUAUAUUACAUGCAUCUAUAAAUGGUCUUCUCUUCAAGGUGAUCUAAAGUUUAGUGAAUCUGCAGAUUCUUUAUCAGAGCAACACGAGUACCAAACCCUCAAAAUAAAAUCUGCAGCAGGUGGUGAUUUACAGAAACUCCAAUGUUGUUUCAAUGCAUUUAAGUCCAAUGUUUGACAACCACUUUUGUAUAUAUUGUAAAUAAUGUGUUUGAAAUCAGGGUAAUGUGUCAAUGUCUUGUGCUUCAACAUUUGUUGGCAAAAUAUUUGUAUUAAAUAUUUAAAACUAUUUCUGGUGGAAAAUGACUGUUCAAUUUAGAUUUUUCAUAAUGAUUGUAAUAAAUGUUUAAAAAUUCAAAUUACUUUUCAGUGUGACUACUUAGGUAGUGAUUGAGUAAUGGUUAAGAAUCUAGAAAACAUAAGGCUUCAAUCCCAAUGCACGGUGAUCCAGAAACCAGUUACUGCUCCAUCAAUAAUGUGCUAAUGAUCACAUUAGCAUUGCACAUUAGAUAAUGUGCAAUGAAUGACUUAAAAGGGAUAGUUCAGCCAAAAAUAAAAUAGAUCUAUCAUCAUUAACUUACCCUCAUGCCAUAUAAGAUGUGUAUGACUUUUGUUUUUGCUGAACACAAAGAUUUUUAGAAGAACAUCUCAGCUCUGUAUGUCCAAACAAUGCAAGCGAAUGGUGAUCAGGCCUUUGAAGCUUAAAAAUAGUCAGCAUAAAAUAAUCCAUGUCUUCUUAAGUCAUUCAGCUGUUUUUGUGUGCACACAGACAAAAUAUAACUCCUUUUUCACUGUACAUUAUGCCAUAGUAGCCUCUAGGCACAAUCAUGAUUUCAAGCUUGAUUACACUUCCUAGUGCUUGUCGCAUGUGAAGAGCCAGAACCCUACAAGUUUAGCAUAAAAUAGCAUUAAGCAGCAGUCUCAUAGACAUUCUCUGGUCGGUACAAUGAGAGUAGAUAAGAUACCAUUGUUUUUAAUAGAUGUCUAUGGAGUUUACCCAUGAAAAAAUUGCUAUUUUUAAAAAAGACAACAUGAACAAUUUUGCAACGGGUAGGUUUGUAUGUUAUCAGUAUACUGUGACUCACUGUUGUAGCACGCUAGUUGACAGCGCAGAGGUUGUGAUCUCAGUAAAUAUUAGAAUCUCUGGCAGAGCACUAGAUAGCGCUAUAGGAAAAGUAAUCAAGCUUGAAAUCAUGAUCGCCAAGGAGAAUGCUGUAAGAUCGUACAGUGAAAAAGGAGAAUUUUGGUCUGAUCUCACCCAAAACCAACAGGAUUGCUUCAAAAGACAUUGAUUAAACCAUUGGAGUCUGAUGGAUUGUUUAUGCUGACUUUAUCUCCUUUUUGGGGCUACGAAGGCCUGAUCACUAUUCACUUGCAUUGUAUGGACCUACAGAGCAGAGAUAUCUUUUCUAAAAAUCUUCAUUUGUGUUCUGCUGAAGAAAAUCAUACACAUCUGAGAUGGCAUGAGGAUUUUCAUUUUUAGGUAAAAAAAAAAACCCUUUAAUCCCAUCCUGUCUUUUUAAAUAAAUUUACUAAAAAAAAAGAGAGAGAAAAAAAAACAAGACGCAAAAUUCAACAACAAUUAGAUAUUGAAAUUUAUCACCAGUGAGAAAUAAAAAGGUAAUGAUACCAGUAAAGUGAACCACAGAGAUACUAGCACAAACACAUUAAUCCAUUCCAGGGUUGUUUCAUUUGCCAGAGGAAAAAAAUAAAUGAGGGGAGAAGAGCUUUUAGCCUAACGAUACAACACAAAGCAAUGGUGCAAUUGGCUUUUUUGAUAACGCAUUCUGUUUGAGAACAGUGUUUUGCACACAUAAAUGCUUGUGUUUAUAUAUAUAUAUAUAUGGUCUUCAUUAGAU